GAGGCAUCACGUCGCUACCAUCAGACGUGCUUCUGAUCCGGAGGGCGCGUCCCUUCCUAGACAGAUAGGCCUUGGUUGCAUGAUGGGCAAUAGUCGACUUGACAGAUCUAGAUCACCCAGAAGGCAAAGGUCUGGGCAGGUCUGGGGGAAGUUUCUAGACUAGGGAAGCCGAGGUGGGAGGAAUCCUGAGUGGUCAGCACCGGCCAGGGCAGGGGGUCCCGGGCCGAGGAGACACGGAACCCAGUGCUAGCACUCACCCCUGCUUCCCGAGGGCACCAUGUGACCCAACGCUCCUGCUGCCUUGACUGCUGCCAUGACCUUCAAACUGUGAGUCGAAAUAGUCCCCUGUGUCCUCUAGCUAGUGGACAGAAGAGGUAAUCGUUCAGAGUCCGGACUCCCUCUUGCUGAGUGACCAAAACAGGCGAGAAUAGCGGCCAGUUCAACCAACGGACGCAGCGGCAGCAGAAGCCGUUGUAAACAAACCGGGAGUCGUCGUGCUCAGACUCCUCCCCCAUGUGGGGGAGUGAGCAGUGAUCCCUCAGGAAGGAAUCUGGGCGUGACCAAUGCCGCCUCAGCCAAUCAGAGCUGGGAGUCUCCAAUGAGGGCGGAGCGAAUGGAGGAAGCUAAGACCAAUCACAAGCUGGAACUUCUGAAAGAGGUGGGCGGGCAUUGUUUCACAUUUAGACCAAUCAAGACCAGGCACCUGGAGGCUGAAGGCGAGAGGGGCAGAUGACGACGCUGAACACAGGUUCUGCAAGAAUCUCCAUAAUGAAUGGAUCCAGUACAACAAGCACGUCACCCAAUGUGAAAUGCAAAGAGGACCAAGGGUUAAAUGGGCAUGAGGAAAAGGAAAACCCAUUUGCAGAAUACAUGUGGAUGGAGAAUGAAGAGGAUUUCAAUAGACAGGUAGAAGAAGAGCUACAGGAGCAAGACUUCUUGGACCGCUGCUUCCAGGAGAUGCUAGAUGAAGAGGACCAGGACUGGUUCAUUCCAGCACGAGACCUGCCUCAGGCUGUGGGACAUUUACAGCAGCAGUUCAGUGGACUGUCAGUCAGCGACACUCAUGAAUCUGAAGACAUUUUGAGCAAAAGUAACCUGAAUCCAGAUGCCAAGGAGUUUAUUCCAGGAGUGAAGUACUGAGCUGUUGGAAGCUUCCAGAAGGACUUGUCUUGUCCCCAUACCUGGGGCCAGCAAUGUGCAAAAAGGCCAAGCUGAAGUGGUGGUGUGCAGCCAAGGCGGGUUGGGUCGGGAAGGUGGUUUAACUGGACACUGUGACUCUGAGCAACUAAUGUUUGAGGUACUACUCUCUAAGCCUCUGAGCCUGGCUCUUCUGUUCUGUUGACUUGUUCAGAGCAGCUUCCAUUUUAUUUUAUUUUUGGUGAGCUCUUUGGAGUUAAGCAACUGCAGUUAUUUUCCCUUUGUAAGGAAUGUUAUUUGCAUUUAAGCAAAAUAAGCUGACCAAGGAAACAAUAUUUAAAUAAUUUUUCCUGUUGUGUGCCUACCAGGAGCAGGGCACCUGGAGAGCUUAAGGAGUUUGGAGCUAGGUGGUAAGAGAAAGAAACAGAAGAAGCAAACCAGAUGCAACACUCAGUUCCCCAUCCCCUGACAUUUCUAUGAUGAACUAAGGUGUCAGUGGCCCACAAAGCUUUCAUCUUCUGUCCUGAAUUCUACUCAAGGAAAACAGAUUUGACAGUUCUUGGAUGAGUGUAAUGUUGGAUGGAUGCAACGUACAUACCCGAAGACCUCAACUUGAUGGUGACUGUUUUUUAGCUACUGCUGUCCUGUUGUUGGUGUGUAGCUGCUGCCACUCACCAUUUACAGGUGAAAGGUUACAGAGGGUUGCUUUGUCUUCUUGAACCUCAUGGGGGCUACUCCUGGCUUUCCCCCACAGCUCUAAGACACUGUUAGCCAAAGUCUGAGAUGGGCCUUUAGUGUUAGAUACAUCUUGAAUAUUUUUAGGCAGUUUUGUUUUUCUAAGUCACUUAAUAUUUAAGUCUUACCGUGUCUUAAUUCCCUCAAAGACUUCUGUAUUUUUUCAAGGAAAUACAUUUUUUCCAGGCACUAGAAAGCUGCUCAGUUCAGUUUCGGUGUUUCACCUGCCUUACAGAGUGAUUCCCAGAAACUAAGCUACUGAGGGGUCCCGCCCAAGUUCAUAACAACUCUUGGCUUUCCGUGUACAUGAAGAUGUUAUUGGGUAUGACUGCUCCCAUAAACCAGCUUUUUAAAUUUCCUCAUGGUCCUGUCAAGGUGCACUCUUAGUUCUACCUGCAACUUACUAGGGUUUUGUUAAUACUCUGUGGAACUGAAUUCCACCCGGACCUGGUGUUAUGAGUAGAGAUGAAGGUGUUAGUGUCUGAUGGGUGAAAGAGUAAGUGUCCUGUCCUGACAUAUUCCAGGACAAGGGACUUGGGAGGCCUGGGAGUGCUGUGGCUUCUGUGAUGCUGUCACUGUGCUGUGACAGGUCUGGAAAGAUCUUGUAGCUUCCUAUAGUCUGUCAGUUCAGCAUGUGGAUGUGGGCAGAGACUGGAAAAAAAGGACUGGGUCAGAAAAGUUGAAGGAUUUUUCCUUUUUCAUGAGCUGGUUGGCUGACUUUCCAUUUUGUCUUGGUGCAAGGGUAGAACCCAGGGUCUCACUUGUGCCAAGCUAGCCCUACCGUUGAGCUGUCCUCAACACUCCCUUGACUUGUAGACAGCCCCAGCAGUUAAAUACAACUUUGCUCUCUUCCCUCGAGUCUCAUAGGAUGGCAUCUUGUGAAGGUGGCCUUCCCCAUCAGGUCACAUCAUAGAGUAGCUCAGGGAACUUAUAUGGCCAGACACACUAAUUCCCAAAGCCUCUCCCUCAAGAGAAUGAAACUAGGAACUUCUGGGAGGACUUUACUCCUGCUACCUUUAAUAAGGAGAGGGAGGGUAUGGGUAGGGCAUAAAAAGAUUCUCUGCUGCAGUCUCCAAGAGGCUGUUGGAGUUCAGAAUGUAUCAAGAUAGCAGGAAGAUCCCUGAGAAUUUCCAUCAGCAUGUAGUGCACUCCUCUGAGUACCUAGCUGGGAGUCCUGUGUACGCCCGAGAGGUUUUGUUCUUAAGUUUUGCUCGUUGGAAGCCAAGCUGCUAGGAGUGGUCCAAGAGGCCUGCCUCCCCUCCUGCUGUGCUGGUUUCAGGGGUACAUCUGGUUACUACUACUACUAGAUAGAAUACUGUUGGGCGUGCCUGGAAAGCAAGGGCUGGUGUGCUAGAUCCACCUCAGAGGCAGGGUGCUGACUCCAGGCUUGGGAGAUACAGCCAGUGAGGUGGUCCUUGGUAACGUGUGAAGUGACUUACUCUGUGGCCCAGCUCUUCUACCAACUGUGCUACCAUGUGAGGUAGCACAGUUUACUCCAGACUACAGAGUUUGCCAACUUAGCAAGAGUUUGGGGCCUCCCCCACCCCACCUGAGAAUUUAUGCUCCAAUAGAAAACAAUCUUAAUGGUUGCUGGUCUGGCUGGGCCCAGUAUUCAUUUAUUAGUGACUGAGUUCUAAUUAUGAUUAUUUGACCCUAUAACUUUUUGGGGAGGGGGUAAAGAAACACCUCUUUGGGCAGUUUGGACUGCAUCAGAAAUGUGAGGUAGCCAAAGCAUGGGUACUGUAGCUCAGGGUUGGGGACCAGUUUAUAUCUAUAGUGUACCUAACUUUUGGUUAUCAUAUAAGCAAGGCAGAAAAUAUUCUAAAGAGAAGAUUGGGUGUUUUUUUAUUGAACCUAGGACCUCACAUGUGCUAUGCAAGCACUACACCAAGCUGUAUUCCAGGCCUGUGAAAGACUGGGUCUUGGUAGCACCCCUAUUUCCAAAGUCAUAAGACCUGCGAUUGCUUCAUGUAAGGCUAACUGUGGCUUAAAAAUAAAUGUUUUUAGUGAACUGCUAAGCAUUUUCGAGGUUAUUGUUAUAUUAAGGGUUCAUUUUGACUUUAGAUGCAGGUGAACAGCUCUGUGAGUUAGCACCUCAAUGAGGAUCUGGGAAAGGGAGACAGCCAGAGUAGACCUCUUGGAGCUGUGGUAGAUAAGCAUGUGACUGCCUGACUUCCUGGGUUUGUCUCCUAUUGCUAGAGGGGACAGGCCUGUUCAGUAAGGGUCUUGGUAUUACUUGCUAUUAGUCUUUGUUUACAGGAUGCCAAAGACAGGAAAUCAGAGGUCUGACAGAUUUGACUAGAAUUACCCACCUGGUACAUUAUCCCAGCCACUCUCCCCUGGGAGAAUAGGGGCAGGAGACAUAACACUUCCAAGCGGGGAAGAGCAAAAAGGGUGCUGACUUGUGAAGCAGGGACCCUGACUGACCUUCUAUCCACAACUGCCAUGAAACUCAUUGUCUCCAGGAAUGGUUAGUUCUGGGAUGGCUCAGGGCAGCAGGUGUGAGCAUCUACCAAAGCCCAUCCUGCUACCCUGAGGACCAGAUUAGAUAGUCACAAUCUGGAAGGAGGUGGGUCCUGUCAUGCAUUUGGGGACCUUCCUUUUUCAUGUUUAAUCUCAUAUGCAGAAGCUACUGGUGGUGAUGGGAACAGAGCAGGAAACAAUAAAGUUGACUGCAUAUUACUUGGCCUCUGUCCACAUCACCUAACCCACUCUUGGAUCCCAGAGGUUUCCACUUCCUGGGAAUAAGGGACUAGGAUUUUAAUCACACUGCUUUCUUCAGGGUAUCAAGCUAAGGAGCCACACUUCCUGUUCUUGGGGAAUUUAACCAACAGGUGUAAUAUAUAUAAACUUUUCUGUUUUGUUGCUUAUAAUUUAAAUGGAAGAUUUGCUGAGCUCUCCUUCCCAAAUUUACCUUACUACUUUUUGUUUAAAAUGAAGAAACAGUCUAGGUUACUUAUUGUUAACAAGAAAAAAAUUGGUAGUUCUUAGGAUCAAACUCGGGAACUCACACAACUAGGCAAGCAUUCUACCAAUGAGCUUACCCCUUAUUCUUGUCCCUGGGUAAUGAUACUAAAAAAAAAAAAAAAUUUUUUUUCUUUUUGAGUCAUCUUGCCCUGUGGUCCAGUCUAGACUUGAACCUCUGGUCCUCCUGCCCCAGCCUCUCCAGUGCUGACACUGUAGGUGUAGACCAUCAGGCUGUUCUAAAUAUAAUAUUGUACUGUUACUAAAUUGUUUUUCAGUACUGGGUGUUAAAUGGACAAUUUCAUGCAUUGCUGAGAAAGUUUUCCAACAGCAAACUACAUCCCUUAACUAUAAAAUGUAUUUCCUGUAAAGUAGUACGUCUCACUCUAUAAACACAGAAUUCUGUCCUGCCAAUUGUGAGCCAUCAAAAAUAUUUAACAGCUAGAUGUUGGGGGUACACACCCUUAAUCCCAGGACAGAGGGGGCAGAGACAGGAAGGUCAACACAUUUCGGCCAACAGGGAGUUCAGACCAGCCAGGUCUACGUAGUAAGACCCUGCCAGUAUAAGUUAAUAAACUAGAAAAGUGGCCCCCCAACAAGACAGCUUUGAGCCGGGGUCUUUAACUAAUGAUGCAUAACAUACAAAAGAUGGAACUUCUGGGCUUCAGUGUCCAAGUCAGAGUUUAGGAACUCUGUUCCAGGGCUGGAGCUGCAACCACCAUAUUCAUCUCUCCUAGAAAGCUCUUUCACAUGCCGGUCCUCAGGCCCCAGUGUACCUUUUCUGGACAUUUCAUGUCAGUGGAAUUAAACACACAGGUCUCUUAA